AAAACGGAUAUUUUAUUGGAAGGUAAACGUAUUAGGUUAACUUAUUUAUUGGCGUUCUGUAAUCGAAUUAAUCGUUGUUUGGAAUAAAACAAGAAACAUGCUUCGAUUUUCUGUUCUACUGCGGAGGUCAAAUUUAUCUGGCUGUCGUUUAUGGUUCAGUACCGGAGAACCAAACAAAGAAGUGAAUACAAAACAAGUUUUAAUGGAGUUACGGCGUAAAACAGGCUAUCCGUUAAUAACUUGUCGCCAAGCUCUGCAGGCGUCAGGUUAUAACGUGGAAAAGGCAAAAGAACAUUUGUUACAACUCGCAAAAGAGAAAGGUUGGAACACGAUGCAGAUGGACGGGGGGGUGCUGAAAGAAGGAUUAAUAUCAGUUGUAACGAAUAAAAAUAAUGGAUUAAUUGUUGAGGUGAACUGCCAAACAGAUUUUGUUGCAAAAACCAAAGAAUUUCAAAGUUUAGUAAAAGAUGCAGCUCAAACAUUACUUGAUGUUUAUUCAACCCAACAACCUUCCAAGAUUGAUUUGAAUCCACCUGAACUUCUGAAGUUGGUGGUUUCUGGAAAGAAACAAACUAUUGAAGAUACUGUGGCUAUUACUAUUGGCAAACUAAAGGAGAAAAUUGAAAUUCGCCGAGCUUCGUUGCUAUCCGUCCCAACCAAUUCCAUUCUCGCUGUUUACAUUCAUCCGAGCGUCCUCAUCUCAAAAACUCGGCCAGGAUCUACUUUAGGAAGUUAUGGGGCCAUGGUGUCACUUUCACCAACUGAUGAGAAUACUGGAAAGUCCUCCAUCAAAAUGGCUGGCAGAGAUAUUGCGCAACAUAUAGUUGGAAUGAACCCAUCAUGUAUUGGAACAUGCUUAAAACCAACCCCAAAUAAAAGCGUGACGGACUCCACACCAGAUGAUGACGUUAUUAACCCUCCAGAAAUGCUUAGUCCAGAUGAAUCAAGUCAUGAACUACUUAAACAACCAUUUCUUUUAGACAGUUCUAUCUCAGUGGCUCAUUGGUUGAAUUAUCACCAACUAAACGUGAACGAUUUUAUUCGUUUUCAAGUCGGAGAGAAAACGAAAUCUGCCGAGAAAUAAUUUAAAGUUAAAAAUCAUGAAGAUAGGGCUGGAUACAGUUAAGUGUAUGAUGGAAAAAUGAUGUUGCUAAUUUCAGCUCAUUACAGAUUGGUUUCAUCAUUGUGUUUUUUCAACUUGAUGCUUAUGCUGUUAAUACAAGUUUUUUAAACAUAG